AUGCUUACCAUCUACAAGGACCUGGAUCUCGAUAUUCCCGAGAACGUGACUGUCCAGAUUGACUCGCGUAUCAUUACUGUCAAGGGCCCUCGAGGUGAGCUGCAGAAGAACCUGCGCCACAUGGCCAUGGACAUCCGCCUUGUCACCGGCCCCAAGGGCUCUAAGCUCAAGUUCAUUGUUUGGCAUGGUGGCCGCAAGCACCUGGCUUGCCUCCGUACCGCCAAGGCUGCCGUGGCUAACAUGAUCAAGGGUGUUACUGUUGGCUUCCAGUACAAGAUGCGUGCUGUGUACGCCCAUUUCCCCAUCAACCUGAUCAUUGCUGGUGACAAGAAGAGCGUUGAGAUCCGGAACUUCCUGGGUGAAAAGCGCGUUCGCAAGGUCGUCAUGCAGGAGGGUGUGACUAUCACCGACGACAAGGCCCAGAAGGACCAGGUUCUCGUUGAGGGUAAUGACAUUGAUGCUGUCUCGCAGAGCGCUGCGCUGCUCCACGGUGUGACUCUAGUCCGGAACAAGGAUAUCCGCAAGUUGUACGUAUUCAUGCUUGGCAGAGAGAACUAA